CAGACAGUGCUUCCCGCUUUUGGUAAGAAUUGCCGACCCAAGCCAGAGGAGCAGAUUAUUCGCUUUGGCGAAAAAAUUGCACAAAAUAUUUAUUGUGUCGAUGUUCCAACGUCGAUUCAGUUGUGUGAUUGUGUGGGGAUAAGCGAAUUUCCUUGGUUCACUGCCACCCCUAAUAAAUCAUCAGUUGAAUUAAGAUCAUUGGAGUGAACGAAUAACACUCAAAGAACAGAGGGAGGGAGAGAGCGAGCUUUAUUUAUUAAUAUUUAUUAUGCAGAAAUAAUUAGUUCUUCUUAGCUGGUAUAGGGUCACUCGAAUAUUUGGCUUUAACCUUAGGCUUUAUUUCAGUCGAUAAAAUCAUUUCUUCGGUCAAACCAACCGAAACAUAAGUUCUUUCAAUACAACACGAAUAAUUCGGCCGAAUAAAAAAUGAAUCCAAAUAAUUCCACGCCCAAUGCUGACCUAUUUUCCCAACAACCUCCAUCGUCUUCCCAGCAACAAAUGGGACCUUCGCAAAUCCCCCAAGCUGUGGACAGAGAUAAGGUAUACAUGUGGAUCAAGGAGUUGACGCACCCACAGAGCAGGGAGAAUGCACUCUUGGAACUCUCAAAAAAACGAGAAGUUGUCCUCGAUCUGGCACCAAUGUUGUGGUUUUCGGGCGGAACAAUGGCGAGUCUUUUACAAGAAAUCGUGGCUAUUUAUCCUUACAUAAAUCCACCAACCCUAAAUGCUCAUCAAUCCAACAGAGUGUGCAAUGCACUGGCUUUAAUGCAAUGUGUGGCUUCUCAUCAGGAAACUCGAGGAAUGUUCCUUCAAGCUCAUAUCCCUCUUUUUUUGUACCCGUUUCUCCACACCACUUCAAAGACAAGACCUUUCGAGUACCUUAGGUUGACAAGUUUGGGAGUCAUUGGUGCUCUUGUAAAGAACGACGAAGCAGAAGUCAUCAACUUUCUGUUGACGACUGAAAUAAUUCCCCUCUGUCUUCGUAUAAUGGAGACUGGAAAUGAACUUUCAAAAACAGUGGCUACAUUUAUACUUCAAAAAAUUUUGAUCGAUGACCAAGGACUGGUUUACAUUUGUCAAACGUAUGACCGAUUUUCUCAUGUUGCAAUGAUACUUGGAAAAAUGGUAUUGAGCUUGGCAAAAGAACCAAGUGCAAGAUUGCUUAAGCAUGUUGUACGGUGCUAUUUGCGAUUGUCCGAUAAUUCAAGAGCGAGGGAAGCUUUGCGUCAAUGUCUUCCGGACCAACUAAAGGACAACACAUUCGCCAAGUGUUUGAAGGACGAUAAAUCAACAAAGUAUUGGCUUUCUCAGCUACUUAAAAACGUCGAAGCAUCGCCUCCAGCUUCGGCACAAUCUUCUGGACCAGACCUUUCAAGAUCUACUCCUGUUAAUUAAUCAAUCGAUGUAAUAAUUGCUACAAAUCUUUUAUAUUUAAUAACCUCGUUGCUGCUGAAGAUAUACCCAUAUGGCGUGACGCGGGUAAUGUAUUUUCAAUUUGAAGUAUGUAUCCAAGUUUCCAAAAGUCAUUUUUGUAAAGAUGAUGACUAGAUAGUUAAUCAAAGGCAAUGUCCGCCUGCAAUUGCAUUGAUAUUAAUUACGCAUAAUAAUGAAAUGCAAAUAUUGAAAUUUCUAUAUAUUAAGGAUAAACAACAUGAACGUGCACUGGACUACACUUUGUAGUACUAGUAGUUUUCCUGACCUUAUACCGCUUUGAAUUUAAAGUGUACAACUGAUUUUGCCCGAUUUAGUAUUUUAGCUGGUGACAAUAUUUAUUUUAUUGAUGAUAAAAUAAAUUCCCGUCAAAAAUAUUUAAACUCAUAAUCAUUUUCAUGCUCCAAUUGGGAAAAUUAGCUUCAAUUUAACCAAUAGACUCAAACUAUUAGUAAAUAUUAUACAUAUAUUUUCGUAAUCGUAAUUAACUCACUCCCAAUAAGAACUUCCUAAACCCAUUAUACAACACACCAUAUAUACUGUAUUUGUGGAAGAGGACUGUCGCAUCACUUUCUUGCGAAUUAAAAUUAAUAAAUAUUUUCUGACUUAAAGCCAUGUAAAAA